AUGUCAAGAAGAUUACUACCAAGUGUUAGAUACAUGUCGUCAUCAAUAAAAAUGAACGAUAGACCUACACCUGACGCAUUAUUAACGAAAAUUGCUUCAUAUGUUCAUAACACUUCGAUUGAUUCAAAAUUAGCAUUCGAUACAGCUAGGUAUUGUCUUUUAGAUACCCUUGGUUGUGGCUUGGCUUCUUUAAAAUAUCAACAAGUUCAAGAUAUUAUUAAACCAAUCGUUCCACAAUUGGGUCAAAUUACAAACGGCUGCAAUGUUCCAGGUACUAAUUAUACAAUGGAUCCAAUUAAUGGUGCAUUUGCUAUUGGCACUACCAUUAGAUGGUUAGAUUUUAAUGAUUGUUGGCUAGCUUCAGAAUGGGGUCAUCCAUCGGACAAUUUAGGGGGGAUCCUUGCUGUAAUCGAUUUCAUUAAUAGAUCUUCCCCUACUGCGAAACCGUUUGUUAUUAAAGAUGUAUUGGAAGCUAUGAUUAAAGCUCAUGAAAUUCAGGGAAUUAUGGCUUUAGAUAAUUCUUUUAAUCAAGUUGGUUUAGAUCAUGUCAUCUUAGUGAAAUUGGCUACUACUGCUGUUGUAAGUAAAUUAAUUGGUCUUAACGAAGAACAAACCGUGACUGCAUUGUCUCAUGCAUUUGUCGAUGGCCAUUCGUUAAGAACUUAUAGACAUUCUCCAAAUACUAAUUCAAGAAAAUCUUGGGCCGCAGGUGAUGCUACUUCAAGAGCUGUCAGAUUGGCUUAUUUGGUGAAAAAUGCUGGAAUUGGUUGUAUUCCAAGUGUAUUAACUACACCACGUUGGGGACUUUACGAUACUUUAUUUAAAGGUCAACCUUUUAAAUUCAAUCAACGUCAAGAAUUUAAAUCAUACGUGAUGGAAAAUGUCUUAUUUAAGAUUUCAUUCCCUGCUGAAUUUCAUGCACAAACAGCUGCAGAGGCCGCAAUGAUGGCAAAUAAAAGACUUAUUGCAUUAGGAAAAUCUGCUAACGACAUUAAAAGUAUUAGGAUUAGAACUCAAGACGCUGCUAUGAACAUCAUCGAUAAGUCGGGCCCAUUAUAUAAUUAUGCUGAUAGAGAUCACUGUAUUCAAUAUAUGAUCGCUGUUCCAUUGAUUCACGGAAGACUUACUGCUGAUGACUAUACCGAUGAGGUUGCCAUUAAGAAUAAUGAUAUUGAUAAUUUGAGAUCCAAAAUGUUUUGUGUUCGUGAUGAUCAAUUCACUAAGGAUUAUUAUGACCCUCAAAAGAGAUCUAUCGCAAAUGCUUUGUUGAUAGAAUUGAAUGAUGGUACCAUGCUAGAUGAGAUUAUUGUUGAGUAUCCAAUAGGACAUAAAUUUAGACGUGAUGAAGGUAUUCCUCUAUUGAUGUCCAAAUUUGAAAAUCAUAUUAAAGAACGUUUUGGAGAUUCGAAACAAGCUCAAAGAAUCCUUCAAUUCUCCACCGACGACGAUUUUGAAAAUUUGCCUGUUCACAAAUAUAUAGACGAAUAUGUAAUGAAAUAA